GGAAGAAACCCUGACAGAAAUUCAGAAGAACGGGAGCUGCAUUCAAUUACAAUGUGGAUACAUGAAAUGAAAUGCUCGUCUCAGCACCUUCUAGAAGAAUGAGCUGGGACCCAUGUUCCGAGUCCUGCUGGAACCAGAGACCCAGAUUAUACAAGAGAAGAAAAAUAUGAGAAACCACACAGAAAUAACAGAGUUUAUCCUCCUGGGAUUGUCAGAUGACCCACAGCUUCAGGUGGUGAUCUUUGUCUCUCUGCUCAUCACCUACAUGCUCAGCAUCACUGGCAACCUGACCAUUAUCACCCUUACCCUGCUGGAUUCCCACCUCCAGACCCCCAUGUAUUUCUUCCUCAGAAACUUCUCCUUAUUAGAGGUUUCAUUCACAACUGUCAGCAUACCCAAGUUCCUGGGCACCAUGAUGACUGGAGAUAAAACCAUUUCCUUUAAUGAUUGUAUGAUUCAGUUAUUUUUUUUCAUUCUCUUGGGAGUCACUGAAUUUUACCUUUUGGCCGCCAUGUCUUAUGACCGUUACAUUGCCAUCUGCAAACCUCUGCAUUACAUGACCAUCAUGAAUCACAGAGUCUGCAUACUCCUUGUCUUUGCUUCAUGGCUGGCUUCAUUCUUAAUCAUAUUCCCGUCACUUAUGCUGUUCAUACAACUUGAUUACUGUAAGUCCAAUGUUAUAGACCAUUUUACCUGUGAUUAUUUCCCCUUACUACACCUUUCUUGUUCAGACACAAAAUUCCUAGAGAUAGUGGGUUUUUCCUGCGCUGUGUUUACUCUAAUGUUCACUUUGGCGUUAAUAGUUCUGUCCUACAUAUAUAUCAUCAGAACAAUUUUGAGGAUUCCUUCUGCUAGUCAGAGGACAAAGGCCUUUUCCACCUGUUCUUCCCACAUGAUCGUCAUCUCCAUCUCCUAUGGCAGCUGCAUUUUCAUGUAUAUUAAUCCAUCAGCAAAAGACAGAGUGUCUCUGAGCAAGGGAGUUGCUGUGCUAAACACCUCAGUGGCCCCCAUGCUGAACCCCUUUAUUUACAGCCUAAGGAAUCAGCAAGUCAGGCAAGCCUUCAUGGACAGGGCGAAAAAGAUUAUAUCUUUCUCAAAAAAAAUGAAGAAAUAAAAGUGUUAUUAUAAUUAAAGGCACAUGAUGAGCAAUUAAACAAAAGUAGGGCCCUUCCAAAGUUUAUUAAUAUCUACACAGCCUCACUGGAGUUAUUUUUUCUUAAUUAAACUUUUAUUACCAGCAGUUUACUGAGGAGACAUAUAUAUAUACAUGUUUUUUCUAUUUAAAUUCCAAUCCAUCUUUCAUGCAUUUCCCUUCCUUUGAGCUAGUCUUCCCACUCUGUAACCAUGAGACUGGCCUCAUUUCUUAUAAAUAUUUUUUAAUACCAAUUCUUUCAAAAUCAUACUUAGAAAAUCAAAGAAAUGCAUAGAGAGACCCAAGAUCAAUGAGUUAAAAUUGUUUUAUGAUUUUACCAGGAAACACUCUUUCAGAGAAUUCAGAAAAUAUUGUCAUGUGUAACAUUCUUUUUAAUUUACUAUAUAAGUAUCAUAAAUAUAACUUAGUCUUAUUAGAAUGUUAUAGAGACUAUCCUCUCCAUUUUAUAGCACAGUUAGUAACUAUGCGAAAAAAGUGCAAUUAAAAAAAUAACAAUUAUUUUUUUGAGAACUCUAAAAGUAUUUCUCAAGUACUGAGUUUAACUUUUCUGUGCCAUAAUUAAUUGAAAACACAAUUAUAAAUAUACACUUACUUAGGAAAAACUUGAAGCAGCCCCUAUUUUUGGAACUCCAUAAUUACCAUAUACACCAUAUCAGCUCUUUUAAAAGCCUAAAGAAAUAAAUAUUCCUAGAUACAGAUCGAGUACAUAUACUGUGUUUCAGUAGUGUAUUUAAAUGCUUGAUGUUAAACAGCUCUUUUUGAAAAUCAGUUAAGUUAUAAGUUUCUUAUACCUUUUGUGGCUGUUUUGAUAUGAAAGCUUACACAUACAAUUCAUUUAAGUGCAAAAGAUGCAAAACCUUAUUUGUUUCAUAAUAUACUUUGUUAAUAGAAAAAUCAUUUUAAUGGUGCCUGGGUGGCUCAGUCAGUUGAACAUGCAACUCUUGAUUUAGACUGUGGGAUUGAGCCCCACUUCAGGCUCCGCUCUGAGCGUGGAGCCUGCUUGAGAUUCUCUCUCUCUCUCUCUCUCUCUCUCUCUCUCUCAUGCACACACACAUGCUCACACCAAAAAAAAAAAAAAAAGUAAUUUUAACAAAAAUAAGUUACAUACCCACUCUCACUGCUUUUAUUCACUACUCUACUAGAGGUUCUAUCCAGGGCAUUAGCACAAGAAUACUAAAUACAUUUAAAACUACUGGAAAAGAAGAAACAAAUAAAUCUUUCUUUGCAAAGAACAUUAUUUUCCUCCUAUGGCCUUACUGCAUUUACACUAAAUGUUUCUUAACCCUGACAUACUCCCCUCCCAGAUAUCUGCAUGGGAUAAGCCAGACAUCCACAUGUCCCCUCAAUAAGGCCCACCCCAAUGAUACUACUUGAAAUUUAGUGGCUCCCCACUUCCAAGAUUUUUAAAUUUCCUCUUCCUUUACAAAACAUUAAUUUACAAAAGACCAUAUAAUGUACUAAUCAAUUAUGUCCAUUGUUUACUGUCUGUCUUAUACCCCUCACCUCAUGAAAGCAGGGAUCUCUGUCCACUUUGUAGACACAAUGAUGUGUUCCAGCAGUGCUGUGCUGGGACCUGCCUUUACACUUCCCAACAGCCAACUGUGCUUGUGUCUCCUCAAUUCUGCAUUCAUAAAGGCCACAUCACCUGCCAGGGUGCGAGACUUUACAUCUGAAAAAUUGAUAAACUCUACCGAUGGGCUCCUCACCUCUACUCACUGAGAGGCAGUUGUUAAACAUUUACUGGAAGUCACUAUUCCUCCUCAUUUAGAACAUGUGUCUGCCAUGUAGUGGGUAUUCAAUAAAUAUUUUUUGAAUAAUGAAUAAGUUUAAAUAAUGUAGAAUGGCUCCAGUGUCCUAGCAAUCAGAGCCCUGACUAAAUAUUUUGUCCAACAGAACCACAUACUAUUUAUAUAAUAAUGCACAUGACAUUUAGCUUUUAAAACAAUGUUCAAAUAAAAUGUGUGUUUCAUCAUAACUAGACAACUUUGAAUGACAAAGAAAUAGUUAACUGAAUAUUUCUAAUGCAUUUGGUGCUCAUUUUUUCUUUUAUUUUACAUUAGGACACUUGACAACUACGUAAAAAUCUAUUUCCUUGAUUUUUCAUGAAAUCAGUUACAACAUUUCUAGUUAAGGUUUUCCUAAUGAGCUUUCUAAUGGUAGCAAUGGAUGCUCUAAUGGAUGCAAACCCUUGUUUUUCUCAUAGAAAAAUUCUUACAACUAUUUGGGCUACACUUAAUAAUACAUGAGAUCCAACAUCAUCUGUCAAUUGAUAAACUUCUGAGAUUAUAGAUUUAAUUUGUAGAAUAAUAGCUCAAUUAAAUGGUGGUGCUCAGUAAGUAGGAGGCCAAUCAGACAUCCUGAGAGGUGGGAGGGGACUUACCUAUAAAGGAUGAUAAUGUAUCACUGAAAUUAAUUAGUAAUAUGCACUGGAAUUAUUUAGUAAUAUGAUGUCAGUUAAGGUUUUCAGAGAAAGUGUUUAAUAAUUUUUUUUUUAUUUAUUUUAGAGAUAGAGCAUGAGCGGGGGAGAAGGGUAGAAGGAGAGAAUCCCAAGCAGGCUCUAUGCUCAUCACGGAGCCUGGGCUUAGAUCUCUUUACCCUGAGAUCAUGGAUACAGACGAAAUCAAGAGUCUCAACUGACUGAUUGUUUUACUGGUUCAUAAAUAUUCUCACAAUGAAAAGAUGUCAUAUGCACAAAUAUAAACAAGGAUUUCAUGGAAGUAAAUAACAUAAUGAAAGAAAGUAGUCAAAAGGCAAUAAAAGCCACAUUAGCAGGAGCUUUGGGAAGGGUUUCCCUAAAUUCAAAGGGCCAAUACAGGGAUAAACCUUCUCAUGUCUUUAAUUGGUUGUCCAUUUCAGAAGGCAAUCAAGUCACACUAGAAAUCCAUAGCAGCAUUUUCUACCAUUUCAUUCUGCUAAAGAAUUCUUCUCGGGGUUGCCAGAAUUCAAAGGAUAUAAGGACACCAAUUCUACUGAGGAAAAGUCCAGAGUUUCUGGGAGAAAAUGUGAAUUCCUUGUAUAAUCAGAAGGGUGAAUUCCAAGUCCAGCUCCCACACACUCAUUAUCACUCUGUUUAUGUAUUUGCCUAUUUACCUCAUAAAUUUGCUUUUAUACUUCUUAAUCAAUGUUUAUAAAAAUGAUUCACCUGUAUCUUUAAUGAUUCUUCUCCUUGGCACUCAGUUUACUUAAUGAAUUCCCCUGGGCCAACAAAAAGACAUAGUUAAAUAGGUCCAGUUCCAUUUGUAUGGCAUACAUUGAAAGGAACAUUCCUUAUUUUCUAUUUUUCAAAGAAGCAUUUGCAGCAAAAUAUAGCAGUCCCUGAAACUAGGGAAAAUACUACUUAGAUUUUAUAGAUGUAUAAUCAGAAUUACAAAUUACUGAUUUCAAAUGUUUACAUGAAUAGAAAGAAAAAUGAUUUAAUAAAUCAGUGUGUUGUACUAUAUGAAAAGAGGCAAAUGGGAGAGUACUUUACUAGCCAACCCAGGUGUAACUGAAUUAGUACAUGGAGCUUGAUAAGAGAUGAAAAGCCAGAAUGAGUUGUACUACAAUAAAAUGUUUUCAGAAAUUCAUAGUAUCAGUAAUGAAGGAUAUCGUGAGUCACAUAUAAUUAAUCUACCAACAAAGAGAAUUAUGAUCCUUAAGAACUUGAAAAAGCUAAAACAACAAACUUCUUUUGAGAGCACAAUAGAAAUCAAGUCUUUUGCUAACUCAAUUUAGCAGCUCUGAAAUUAUGUAAAUAUUUAAGCAAAUCAGAUGACAAAAUUUGAGAUUAAAUCAUCCAGAAGAACCAGAGUAAGUAAAUUUUUCAUUCAAUAUAUAUGUCUUCAUUUUAUACCAAUAUCUUCAAAAAAUAUUAUUUGUAUAUGUUUGGGGAUUUAUAAACUUUUCAUUAUUAAAAAUUAAAUAACUGUUUACUACCAAGAGACUAUUAAUACAAUGUUAAAGGAGGAACACAGAAAUAAAUCUUGGAUUGUCCAUUUCUUUCUAACUUGAAAUCAUAUUCUGUUAUAAAAGUAGGGUUUUUAAAAAAAUUCCCAGGGCACAUGGGUGGCUCAGUCAGUUAAGCAGCCAUCUUGGGCUCAGGUCAUGAUCUCAUAGUCCAUGAGUUGAAUAGAGUCCUGCGUCAGACUCUGUGCUGACAGAUCAGAGCCUGGAGCCUGCCUCAGAUUCUGUGUCUCCCUCUCUCUCUGCCCCUUCCCACCCCUCUGCUCGUACUCUGUCUCUCAAAAAUAAACAUUAAAAAAUGAUAAUAAAUUUUUUAAAAUUCCCUACUGGAAAGGGUGUCUGUUAUUUUGAUUAUCUACAUGUUUAUCUUCCCUGACAAUACUGUAAAAAAAAAAUGUUAGGCAUUAUAUGAAUUAAACUGUUUCCAGGAUAUUAUUUAUUUUAGUAAUAGAAGGAAUAGAAGGGUACCUUCUUGGCCGUUUGGCCUUUUAUCAGAAAAGGAAACAAAUGAUAAGAGAGAGAUAACAUCAAUCAAACCCUUAAGAAAGUAAUUUAUGAGAUGAGGCGCCUGAGUGGCUCAGUCAGUUAAGUCUCCCACUUUGACUCAGGUCAUAAUCUCACAGCUUCUGCAUCCUAGCCCCAUGUUGGGCUCUGUGCUGACAGCUCAGAGCCUGGAGCCUGCUUCAGAUUCUCUGUCUCCCUCUCUCUCUGCCCCUCCCCACUUGGGCAUUCUGUCUGUCUCUCUCUCUCUCUCUUAAAAGUAAACAUUUAAAAAAAUUUUAUUCAAAAAGUGAUUUAUUAGAGAAUGUGAACAAAACAUUCCCAUGGAUAAACAUGUAUGUUCUAAGUGAGAUGAUUACUAUAGUGACAAGUUGUUUAAUCUUGUGAAAGUUCCCUCAACCAUGUAGCUUCAAAAUAUAAAAUGUGAGGGCAGCCUAAAUCACUCCUAUAAGAUUUCAAACUCUAUAUUUAGAUUAUCCAU